AAACAAAAUAUCUGCAAGUUGAUUUAGCGCGUGGUGUACAAUCUCUUGUUGAAAAGUCAGUAAAACAACUUACACACACACACACACGACACACCUAACAACACAACCAGCAGCCAAGAAAAAUGACAGAAAUGAAAGAUCAGAUUUUGACCAAACUCACUCAUUGAUUGUAGUAUUCAUUUUCUCAACUCAUUCAUCUCUCUCACUUUCUAGAUUCUUCAUUUUUUUCUUCACUCACUUACCCUUUUCCUCUUUUGACUCAUCAAUCAUCACCCUCACUUUCCUAAAUACAAAGAAAGAAACUUUUCAAACAACAUAAGAAAAAAACAUCUACCUAAGAUUGUGUGAAAAAACACAACACAAUCAAAAGAUGGAGAAGAUUGUUUUUUUUAUGUUUAUGUUUCUUAGCAUAAACAUGAUGAGUAUUUCAGCAGCUCCAUCUACAUGUCCUAUGGACCUUAACUAUGUCCUUAGAAUCCAUUGGAAUUCUUCUGCUUGUCAAAAUUUUGACUCAAAAAAAGAAGUAAAUUCACCAAGCACAUGUUGCAUAUCACUUUUGUCACUUUUUGGAAUAGGAUUUGCACAACAUCUUAAAGAAACUUCUCAAUUCAAUCUUCAAGACCUUCAAACUUCAAUUUCAUGCAUGAAUGAUUUUCAAUCAAAGCUUAAUUCUUUAUCACUUUCAAACAACCUUGCUAACUCUUGCUUUGACCCUCAACAAUUUGUUAUCUCUCGUAACUUUUGUGCAGGUAUUGAAACUGUUCAUGAUUGGAAUGAAAAGUUGGGUCAGAAUACAAGUUUGAACACUGCUUGUAAACCAGACCUAACUGAUCUUUCUCAGUGUGAUGUGUGUUUAGCAGCUGGUUUACAGGUUAAGCAGAAGCUUGCUUCAAUUGAUGGUAAUUCUGAAAAUUCAUUGAAUUGUUUCUUACUUACAAUUCUUUAUGCUGCUGGAAUUGUGAAUGAGUUUGGACCUGAAAGUAAUGGUGCUGUUACUUGUGCUUUUAGUGUACCUGUUUAUUCACAAGUUGGUUCUGGUUCAAAGGGUCAUCAGGGUCUUGUGUUUGGUUUAACAGGAGCUGGUGUUGCAUUGUUUGUUAUGUGUUCUUUGUUGGGUUUAUAUGUUUGGUUUGAUAGAAAACGUAUGAGGAAGCGAAAGCUUGAAACUUUUCAAUUUGAUUUUGAUCCUGAGGAACAAGGUUCUAGGCGUAGACCAAGGCCUAAUACAGGUUCAAUUUGGUACAAAAUUCAGGAACUUGAGAAAGCUACUGAUAAAUUUUCAUCCAAAAAUUUCAUAGGGAGAGGUGGGUUUGGUUUGGUUUUUAAAGGAACUUUGGCUGAUGGAUCUGUUGUUGCUGUUAAGAGGGUUUUAGAAUCUGAUUUUCAAGGGGAUGCUGAGUUUUGUAAUGAAGUUGAGAUUAUUAGUAAUCUUAAGCAUAGGAAUCUGUUGCCUCUUAGAGGUUGUUGUGUGGUUGAUGAUAAUGAGAAUUAUGGUGAUAAGGGAAGUCAAAGAUAUCUUGUUUAUGAUUAUAUGCCAAAUGGAAACUUGGAAGAUCAUCUUUUUGUAUCAAAGGAUCCUCAAAAAGCAAACAAAUCAUUGACUUGGCCUCUUAGGAAAAACAUUAUUUUGGAUGUGGCAAAGGGUUUGGCUUAUUUGCACUACGGAGUUAAGCCUGCAAUUUAUCAUAGGGAUAUCAAAGCAACCAAUAUACUACUUGAUGAAGAUAUGAGGGCAAGAGUUGCUGAUUUUGGACUUGCUAAACAAAGUAGGGAAGGUCAGUCUCAUCUCACUACUAGAGUUGCCGGAACUCAUGGAUAUUUAGCACCGGAAUAUGCGUUAUAUGGUCAACUGACUGAGAAGAGUGAUGUGUAUAGCUUUGGUGUGGUUGUUUUGGAGAUAAUGUGUGGGAGGAAGGCUCUUGAUUUGUCUUCAUCGGGAUCACCACGAGCGUUCUUGAUCACCGAUUGGGCUUGGUCGUUGGUGAAAUCGGGGAAAAUAGAUGAGGCUUUGGAUGCUUCUCUUUUGAAUGACGAUAAUAAUGCUAGUGCAAAUCCUAAGAGCAUAAUGGAAAGGUAUUUGCUUGUUGGAAUUCUAUGUUCUCAUGUAAUGGUUGCUUUAAGGCCAACAAUUUCUGAUGCUUUGAAGAUGAUGGAAGGUGAUAUCGAGGUUCCUCAAAUUCCAGAUAGGCCAAUGCCUCUUGGACAUCCUUCGUUUUAUAAUAAUGAUAGUAACUGCAACACUUUUAGCAUAUCCCCGGCAUUAAGUGGCCUCAAAUUGCAAGCUGGAGACAUGCUCAGGUCCAUUAGUGAGAGAUGAAAUAGCCUCAAAGGGAUCUGCAAAGUCAAGGA